AUGGUGGUGAAACUCAUUAUCUACGCUGUCGUCGCUCUGGGACUGGCAUAUCUCGCCCUCAUAUUCCCAAGGCUUCAACAAGAAUGGAAGCUCUACUCCCACCGCACCCAACUCCCCCCAGGCCCCAAAACCAUCAGAACCGGCAUUCGAAAACCAUGGCUCUGGUUUCAAGAACUCAGCCAGCAAUAUGGCGAUGUCGUCUAUCUCCAACUCGGCCCAACACCAACCAUCAUCCUCGGCUCCGCCCAAGCCGCCUGGGAUCUUCUCGAGAAGCGCGGCGCUGUAUUCUCCUCGCGCCCACGAUUUAUCAUGGGCGGCGAGUUACUGUCCGGUGGAAUGAGAGGGCUUAUGGCGCCGUAUGCUUCGUAUUGGAGACGGUGGAGAAAGCUGCUGCAUAGUGGGUUUAUGCAGAGGCAGAGUGAGACGUACAGACCGAUCCAGAGUCUCGAGUCCAAGGUCUUGAUGUUUGAUCUUUUGAAGAGGCCUGCUAAUUUUAGGUUGCAUUUGGAAAGAUAUGCUGCGUCGGUUAUCGUUACUGUUACUUAUGGACGAAGGGUUGAGGACGUGAGGAGUGAUAUUGUGGUUAGGCGGAAUGCUGAGGCUAUGGAGCGUCUAACGAUGGUCAAUAUCCCCGGAAAGUAUGCCGUUGAGCGUUAUCCCGCACUGAAGUAUCUCCCUAGCUUCCUGGCCCCAUGGAAAAAGGAAGUUCUUCAACAGCGCCAGAAAGAUAUCCAACUAUAUACAGAGCUCAUGGACGAGGUUCGUGAAAAGGUCGCUAAAGGGACUGCAUCAACUUGCUUUGCAAAACAUCUUCUCGAAGAGCAAGAGAGCUUGGGUAUGAGUGAUCUCGAAAUUGCUUAUACAGCUGGAUCACCUUUCGGUGCUGGUGUUGAGACCUCCGCGGGCUCACUCGCAAGCUUCCUUCUCGCCUGCGUCAAGUUCGGACCUCAAUUCAUCCCAAAGGCUCAAGAAGAGCUGGACCGAGUAGUCGGAAGUGAUAGACUCCCGUCAUUUGACGAUCUACCAAAGCUGGAAUACGUUAGAGCUAUCGCAUCUGAGACUCUUCGAUGGAGACCUGUGGCUGUACUAGGGGGGACACCUCAUGCUAGCACUGCGGAUCAUGUCUAUAAGGGCAUGUUCAUUCCCAAGGGAAGUACCAUCAUCGCACCACUUUGGACCUUGCAUCUCAACGAAGCCGACUUUCCUGAGCCUCACGAGUUCAGGCCAGAACGCUUCAUGGAGAAGCGAGAAUACCCUGGCACACUUGGCCAUAGCGCUUUUGGCUGGGGUCGACGAAUCUGCCCCGGGAUGCAUCUCGGAGCUGCAUCCGUUACACUUAACAUCGCGCGUAUCCUAUGGGGAUUUGAGGUCAACCCUGAGAAGAAUGAGAAGGGGCGAGAUGUCGAUGUCGAUAUCUUCGCUUAUUCGGAGGGCUUCAACUCGAGCCCGUUGCCAUUCCCUUGCUCAAUCACACCCCGGUCUGUGAAACAUGCUGAGGUUAUUGAAAGAGAGCACGGCAACGCUUUGGAGGACUUGGUGGGAUAUACUGCUGUCACGAGCAAGGUGUCCUGA